GACUCUGGCGAGACCCGUCUCUGACAUGCUGUAAGUUGUUUUAUCUGGACUGGACCUAUAAUAUGGCUUCGCUGUAUCAGAGAUUCACCGGGAAGAUUAAUACCACCAAUUCCUUCCCGCACCCACCUGAGGCCAGUCACCUUCUCGGUGGACAGGUUGCAGACGAGGAAGCAAAGAUCCCUCAGCAAGUCGUCGAUGGCAGACCUCACGUCCAGUACCGCAAAAAAUGCCUGAAGGAGGAUGAGGAUGACCUGGUGGGCAGUGCUCCACCACAGAGGAACUGGAAAGGAAUAGCCAUCGCCCUGCUGGUCAUCCUCAUCAUCUGUUCCCUGAUUGUCACCUCCGUCAUCCUGCUGACCCCUCGUGAAGAUGACAGCCUCGCCCUUAAGAAGAAAGUGACUAUAGAGGAUGUUUUCGGUCCAGAUCUUCACAUCCACGACCCAGACGCCAAAUGGCUCAGCGGAAAUGAGCUGCUGUAUCGUACGAGGGAAGGAGAUGUUGUCAAACUUAAUGUUGACACAAUGGAGAGAACUGUUGUCGUGCUGAACCAGUUUUUUGACAGAGCCAAAGCCGACCGGUACCAAGUGUCUCCCGACAUGCAACAUGUCUUGUUUGCCUUUGAAGUAAAACCAAUCUACCAACAUUCCUAUGUGGCAAAGUACAUUAUUUACAGCCUUGUGACACAAGAAACUUGGCCUUUGAAGCCGCCUGAAGUGCAUGAAGCUGUCCUGCAGUUUGCUGGAUGGGGACCUCGAGGCGAGCAGCUGAUCUUCAUAUUUGAAAACAACAUCUACUACAGAUCAACAGUAGAUAACCGAGCGAUCCGCCUUGUUUCCACUGGGAAGGAGGGAGUCGUCUUUAAUGGCCUCACUGACUGGCUGUACGAGGAGGAGAUCCUGCAAACCCACAUAGCUCACUGGUGGUCUCCGGACGGGCUCCGUCUGGCCUACAUGACCAUCAAUGACACACUGGUGCCAAAGAUGGAAGUUCCCUUUUUCACAGGAACACCGUACCCCGCCAACCUGGAGUAUCACUACCCAAAGGCUGGUGAGGAAAACCCUGUUGUGCACCUGUCAGUGGUGAGCCUCAAUGGUCCCCUGCACACCGUGGUGAUGAAGAAACCUGAUGACCCCCGAAUAGGGAGGGAAUAUUAUAUCACUAUGGUGAAAUGGGCCACCAGCACCAAACUGGCUGUCAACUGGCUGAACAGAGGCCAGAACAACUCCAUCCUGACGCUGUGUGAGGCGACAACCGGAGUCUGCAUUAAGAAACAUGAAGAUGAGAGUGAGAGCUGGUUGCACAGACAGAACGAAGCACCGCUGUUUUCCAAUGACGGACACAAGUUCUUCUUCACCAGAGCAAUCCCUCAGGGCGGGAGAGGAAAGUUCUUCCACAUCUCAAUGUCCACCUCUUUGCCUAACACCAGCACAGACAUACUUCAGUCCCUGACCUCUGGAGACUGGGACGUCACCAGCAUCUUAGCCUACAAUCACGAAAGGAACCUCAUAUACUUUCUGAGCACAGAGGAUGACCCCAAACGACGGCACUUGUACAGUGCUGACACAAUCCCUCCAUUUAACCGCUGCUGCCUGUCUUGUGAGUUCAAGUGCGGCUACGUGGACGUGUCGUUCAGCCACAACAUGCAGUACUUCUUACUCAGCUGUAAAGGUCCAGAUAUACCGAGUGUCGCCAUCUACAGAACAGAGGAUAAACAGAAGGUGUUUGACGUGGAAACAAAUGAAAGAGUAAACAACACAUACAACAACAUGCAGAUGCCCAGAGUGGAGUACGAGACCAUCACCAUAGAUGACUACACUCUGACGAUGCAGAUUCUGAAGCCAGCUGGAUUCAUAGACACAGCCCAUUACCCCUUACUGCUGCUGGUGGAUGGUACACCCGGUGGGCAGAUGGUGUCAGAGCAGUUUCGGGUGGACUGGGCGACGGUUCUGGUCAGCAGCUUCAGCACCAUCGUCAUCCGCUUUGACGGCCACGGCAGCGGCUUCCAGGGCACAAACCUUCUCCAUAAAGUCAGGAGGAAACUGGGAAGACUGGAGGAGAGGGACCAGCUGGAAGCACUCAGGUUCAUAUCCAAAGAGCCAUUUAUUGAUAAGAGUCGAAUGGGAGUUUAUGGAAAGGCCUAUGGAGGAUAUUUAGCCACAAUGCUUCUGAGCUCUGAGGAGUUUAACCAGCUUAAAUGUGGGACAGCAGUCUCCCCCAUCACAGAUUUUGAGCUAUAUGCAUCUGCAUUUUCAGAACGAUACCUCGGCUCAAAGACAGAUUCACGGGUAUAUACGAUGGCAAAUUUAGCACACAGAGCGGGUCAGCUCCUGCAGAAGCAGUACUUGAUAAUUCACCCAACCGCUGACGAAAAGGUUCACUUCCAGCACACGGCCAAAUUCAUUAAUCAUUUAAUCAGCGAGAAGGCCAAUUACACUCUACAGAUCUACCCUGACGAGGGACACUUUCUACACAGUGACGGAACGCAGCAGCACCUCAGCCAAUCCCUAGUCAACUUCUUCGAGGUUUGCUUUCGGGAGCCGGAGGUUAUGACGGACAACCAACAGGAAGAGGACGAAGACGACAGUUAAACCUCUGAGCAGCCCCCAGCCAGCUACUACAGCACAAUAUGCAACAAUAUUUCUAACCUAUUCUACCCACACCACCUGCUGUCCAAUCAGAUUUUAGCUCUACUCUGAAGUACAGCACUUGCAUGUGCAAAAGGGGCCUCGGCUUACAACCCCUCUCCUCACCUCCUGCUGGCUGAUGGUCAGAAAGACAGAAAUAAAUCUCAGACUUGAGCAGUCACACCUCUCUCUGCUACUGGAAUAAAUGGACUAGUACUCCCUCUGGUGGACAAAUAGAGGAUCAACAUAACGUCCAUUGAGCAAUGCGUCUCCAUUCCAAACCAGGCACAUAAAUCGAGCGCUUUGCAGCACAAAAUAUCCCCCAAUGAGAAGAUCAGUUCAUUACGUUGACAUUUAACAUUUGAAAGGCUGCCAGUUUCUGAUAACCUUGCCAACCAACUUACUGAUUAUUGUGUUCAUGAGUAUGAUUACUGCUACUUGUUUCUCAGACUUUCUCCGUUCAGUGUCGUGUCUAUGAGUGGAUGUCUGGCUGCAUCGGUCUGUAGUUGCUUUACAAAACGAGGGCACAAUGUUUUACUUGUGUUGUACUCUAAAAAACAAAGUGUCUAUACAGAAAUGGUAUGAAAUCAUAUUUUCCCUCGUCAUAUUUCUGAAUUGAACUCUUGUUCUUUUGGUCACUGUGCCUUACUGUGGGUGAAAUGUUCGUGUCGGGAGCCCACGUGACACUGAAGACGAGUAAAUAUGGAUAGGUCUUGUUAGAACUGUGGACUCAAAACCAGAUGAUUUAAUUUUCCUGAAAUAACAGCCAAUUAUUUGAGAGUGAAUUUUAAAUCAGAAGGUAUGGCACACUUUUAUCUUAAACAUGGGAAGAACUGAAUACAAAAUAAUUGUAUGUCUGCUUGAAAGAUGGUAUGAUACUACAAAACAGUGUAAAGAGUAUUUAGUUUGCAAAUACAGUUCUUGAUAUUUACCUUCCAAACUAGCAUACUUGUGAGUUAACCAUGCUGAAUUUUCAUUAUUUUGUGAAUUACUUUGACAAGUGUUUAAUGGCUUGACUCU